CCCGCCUGCGAGGGGGGCGUGGCCGGCGCCGGCUCUUGCGGCCGAGCGGGGUUGCGGCGUGGGAAAGAGCCGCGAGGAGCAGACCGCGCCGCCGCCGGAGCCGCGCCUGCCAAGGCCCUGGGAGGGAGGGAGGGAAGGAGGAGGCCGGUUUCGGCCGGGCUGCGCCCCGCGCCGGCUUUGCCGCGAUGAAGCGCCCUUGCGAGGAGACGACCUCCGAGAGCGACAUGGACGAGACCAUCGACGUGGGGAGCGAGAACAAUUACUCGGGGCAAAGUACUAGCUCUGUGAUUAGAUCGAAUUCUCCAACAACAACAUCUCAGAUUAUGGCAAGAAAGAAAAGGAGAGGGAUUAUAGAGAAAAGGCGUCGGGAUCGGAUAAAUAACAGUUUAUCUGAGUUAAGACGACUGGUGCCAACUGCUUUUGAAAAACAAGGAUCUGCAAAGUUAGAAAAAGCUGAAAUAUUGCAAAUGACAGUGGAUCAUUUGAAGAUGCUUCAGGCAACAGGGGGUAAAGGCUACUUUGAUGCACAUGCUCUUGCCAUGGACUUCAUGAGCAUUGGGUUCCGAGAGUGCCUGACGGAGGUGGCGAGGUACCUGAGUUCCGUGGAAGGCCUGGACUCCUCCGAUCCCCUGAGGGUGCGACUGGUUUCUCAUCUCAGCACGUGUGCUUCCCAGCGGGAGGCGGCGGCAAUGACGUCCUCCAUGGCCCACCACCAUCACCCCCUCCAUCCACAUCACUGGGCGGCGGCCUUCCACCAUCUGCCCGCAGCCUUGCUCCAACCCAACGGACUCCACACCUCGGAGUCAACCCCUUGUCGCCUCUCCACGACUUCAGAAGUGCCUCCUGCCCAUGGUUCUGCGCUCCUCACGGCCACGUUUGCCCACGCAGAUUCUGCCCUCCGAAUGCCAUCCACGGGCAGCGUUGCCCCUUGCGUGCCACCUCUCUCCACCUCUCUCCUGUCCCUCUCUGCCACCGUCCAUGCCGCAGCCGCCGCAGCCACCGCAGCCGCGCACAGCUUCCCUCUGUCCUUCGCAGGAGCGUUCCCCAUGCUCCCCCCCAACGCAGCUGCAGCAGUGGCAGCGGCAGCAGCCAUCAGCCCGCCCUUAUCCGUAUCAGCCACGUCCAGUCCUCAGCAGACAAGCGGUGGAACAAACAGUAAACCUUACCGACCCUGGGGGACAGAAGUUGGAGCUUUUUAAAUUUUCCUUGAACUUCUUGCAAUAUUAACUGAAUGUCCUUCAUUUCAGAGUCAGCUUCAAACCUCUGCACCCUGAAGGUAGCCAUACAGAUGCCUACAGAUCCACAAAGGAACAAUAAAGCUAUUUGAGACACAAACCUCACGAGUGGAAAUGUGGUAUUAUCUUUUUUUGUUGUUGUUGUUGGGUUUUUUGUUUUUUGUUUAAGGCAGCUCGGUAACUGACAUCAGCAAUUUUUGAAAACUUCACACUCGUUUCCAUUUAGAAUUUUCCUGGAAAAUGUAUGGACUGUAUCAUCCAACAGUGCAUCAGGAUGUCUGAAUUGGAGAAGAAAAAUGCCCUGACAGAAUUCUCUUGAAACUAGGUGGGGGAAAAAAAAUUCGUGUUUCAUAAGUGCCUGAGCUAGGAAACUUUUCUUCUGAACAUGUAACAUUGCACAAGUAAAGAAGAGUGUGGAAGUUAGGUUAAGAAAGGAAAGGGACGGAAGUCUUGCAAUAGGCUGCAGACAUUUUAAUUCAAUGCCAGAGAAGAGUACUCAGUUGAAAGCAACAGGUUUUUUUGGUCAAAAGGAUUACUGAAAAUAAUUUCCAAGUUGAAAGAGCUAGAUUUAUCUUAGUUCACUUCCUUUUUACAGACUUGCCAAGCGGUGACAUUUAGCAGUGCAUUGGUAUAAGUAAUUAUUCCAUCAGUGCUCAGAUUAACAAGUAUUUCUGCUCUGCCUGCAAGCCCCCAGGCACUUUUUCUUUGGAUGGCUCAAAAUCUGGUGCUUCUUUAUAGAACCCUUACAUUUAUAUAGUGCACCUAAGAGCAGUUGCCUACCAUGUGCCCACCGGAGGCAAUUUGAUUCAUGCCAACUUGAAAACUCUCCAGUUUAUAAGAGUUUGGAUUAAUUUAUUUGGUUUCAUUUGGACUAUUUUUGUAUAUUUAUCCUCUUCAUUUUCUCCUGAUAAUUUGUAACAUCUAUUCUUGUCACCUUUUGGGAGAAGUUGCAUUUCUGGAGGUGAUUAAACAAGGAGAGAGCAUUGGGAAGAGAAAGGCCACGAUUUUUAAAUGCUUUGUCAAGGUAGUGGUUGUAUUUGAUCCCAAAGCAAGAUGAAUGUAUGCAAUGGGAUGUACAUAAAUUAUUUUUGUCCAUGCCUAGACUAGUGCUACAUAUGGUGUUGUGGUUUUGAUUUUUUUUUGACAAAAUAAUCUCUUAAUACAUUGAAAUCAAGCAUGUGAGAUUUUAUGUUUGAAAGACAAGAGACACAGCAUGUAUUAUUAUGCACUUCAUUUCUCUGCUGUGUGGAGAAAGCAAUAAGUAUUAUGAGAAUGUUAAACAUUAUGCAAAAUUAUACAUUUAAAUAUUUGUUUUAAAAUUACUGUACCUAGUCCUUUUUGCAUUACUUUGUAACCUUUUUCUAUGCAAGAGUCUUUACAUAUCACUAAUUAAAUGAAGUCCUUUUUGACUA